AUGGGAGGUAGGGAGGACAGCGAACCACCUCUGAAACGUGUUAAAGUUACCUUGACGGAAUCAAAGAACUCCUCAGACCACUCAUCUAUUACAGAUCCUGUUGCUUCCUCUUUGGGAGACUAUAUGGCUAGGCCUCUACCAUCCCAAGGAGAUGAAGAAACAAUUGGUAAAACAGGAGUCAUCAAAAGGUCAGAAUUCAUCAAAGUUAUAACUAGGGCAUUGUAUUCACUAGGUUAUGAUAAGACUGGAGCCAUACUAGAGGAAGAAUCUGGAAUACCAAUGCACUCGUCAGUGGUCAACCUGUUUAUGCAACAAGUGAUGGAUGGAAAAUGGGAUGACAGUGUGGCCACUUUGCGUGCAAUUGAUCUCUUGGAUGAAAAGACCAUGAAAUCAGCAUCUUUUGUGAUAUUGGAACAGAAGUUCUUUGAGCUUUUGAAAAAGGAAAAAAUGGUUGCGGCCUUAGAUACUCUACGGAAUGAGAUUGUGCCUCUUCGCAUCAAUGUGAACAAUCCUGUGCAACUUGAGCCUUCAAGUCAAGAUACUGAUGGUGCAAGCACACGAUCAAAGAUAUUGGAGAAACUGCAGAAUUUGCUUCCUGCCGCACUCUUCAUUCCUGGAAAUAGGUUAGAAUGUCUGGUUCAACAGGCCCUUGACGUGCAACGAGAUGCUUGUGUUUUCCAUAACACUUUUGAUAGUGACCUGUCUUUGUAUUCGGACCAUCAGUGUGGAAGAGACCAGAUUCCUUCUCAGACGUCGCAGAUACUGCAUGCACAUAGUGACGAAAUAUGGUUUUUGCAAUUUUCACACAAUGGGAAAUACUUGGCUUCUUCUUCCAAAGAUCAGUUGUCCAUUAUAUGGGAGGUCAAAGGGGAUGGCCAAGUUUCAGUGAAACAUGUAUUGACUGGUCACCAGAAACCUGUGCUGACUGUUUCAUGGAGCCCUGAUGACCGCCAACUGCUGACAUGCGGACUAGAGGAGGUCAUUAGACGGUGGGAUGUUACUUCUGGAGAAUGCCUCCAUGUUUAUGAAAAAAAUGGUGUUGGUCUUAUUUCCUGCGGGUGGUUUCCUGAUGGUAGAGGGAUAUUCUCUGGCAUGACUGACAAGAGUAUCUGCCUGUGGGAUUUGGAUGGAGUAGAGCUAGAAUGUUGGAAAGGGCAGCGAACACUCAAGAUAUCGGACAUGGCUAUAACUGAUGAUGGGAAGAGGAUCAUAAACAUAUGCAGAGAAACCACAAUAUUAUUACUUGACAGGGAGGCAAAGUUUGAAAGGCUCAUUGAAGAGGAUGAAGUGAUUACUUCAUUUUCGUUAUCGAAGGACAAUAAGUUCCUGCUUGUCAAUCUCAUAAACCAAGAAAUUCAUCUUUGGAGCAUAGAGAGUGAACCUAAGGUUGUUUCCAAGUACAAAGGUCAUAAGCGUGCCCGAUUUGUCAUUAGAUCUUGUUUUGGUGGAUUUGAGCAAGCCUUUAUUGCAAGCGGGAGUGAGGAUUCACAGGUGUAUAUAUGGCAUAGAGGGUCUGGGAAGCUCCUAUUGGCUCUUCCUGGGCAUUCUGGAGCUGUAAAUUGCGUGAGCUGGAAUCCUGUGAACCUUCAUAUGUUGGCUUCAGCUAGUGAUGACCGUACAAUUCGAGUAUGGGGUUUGGAUCAUCUCAACCUGAGACGGAAAGUCUCUCAAAGCAAUGGCAUUGCCCACCUUGCUCACCAGUUUAAUGGUAGAACUUGA